UUUGAGUGUAGUCUCGGUUAACUUGAUGUUAGGAUGUGUACCGUAUAGUGCCUUUAUUUAUUUUAAUAAAAUAAUUCGACUUUAUUUUCUUUUAUAUACAAAAUGUUCUAUGCAUAGCUAAAGUUGAGUGUAAUAUUAUGAUAGUGUGAUAUAAAAAACAAGCGAUUUGUGGCAAUAUGUAUAGGUGUUAUAGUGUUUUUGUGCGUUGCCUUCUUGUGAGUUUAAUUUUAUUAGCUUUGACAAAGGACUGCGUCGAGUCUCUGAAACUAAGAAAUCCGGCGGCGGAAUUUAGGCGACACACUCUAGUCAGACCAUUACUGCAUCAUGCGAGAACUAAGCGACAGAUAACGUCUACUAAGGAUACGGCUGGUAUACACCACCCCGAAUUGACGUUAAACAUAGCAAAGGGAGAGGAAGACUAUGUGCUGGACCUUCGGCUGAAUGAUCAAGUAGUUGCAGGCGAUCACGUCGUCAGCUACCAGAAAAAUGGGGAGACUAUACUACAUAAACCUAGCAGAGAGGAACUGAACAUAUGUCAAUAUAGGGGUACGGUUAGGGGCCGAGAGGGGAGUUCUGUGGCGAUAUCCACCUGCCAUGGGUUUAGCGGAAUCAUAUUCGACGGCAAAAAGUUGAUGUACAUCGAACCUGCUGAAGAUAACAAUCUGGACUCCCAACACUACAUAUACGACCAUUCGGACUUGAAGAGCAACUUCAAAUGUGGCUACGAGGGCGGUGUUACCAGCAAUAAAAGCUAUGACCCGGAACUAAUGGAGAAAUAUACUUCUGAACAGAAUAUUAAUAAAAUUCGAGCAUCACGGUACAAACGAGAGACUUUCGAAGACACCCAAGUCCGCGGACCAUUCAAUGCCAACAAGCUUUCACGUUACGUUGAACUCGUGUUGGUGGCUGAUAAUCGUGAGUUUAAAGUCAAUGGAGAGAGUCUGGAGCUGGUACACCAUAGGUUCAAAGACGUUGCCAAUAUUAUUAAUUCGGUAUACGCUCCCCUAAAUAUCUUCAUAGCGCUAGUCGGUAUAGUGGUCUGGAGUGAGGGAGACGAAAUCAAGCUAGAGGAGGAUGGUGAUAAGACGUUAACUGCCUUUCUGCAUUACCGACGGGAUCGGCUUUUGAGGGAUAUACCUAAUGACAACGCCCAUUUGUUGACCCAGCAGAAAUUCAAGGAUGGCGUAGUGGGAAAGGCGUUAAAGGGCCCGAUCUGCACAUACAAUUUCUCUGGGGGUGUGGCCACAAACCACUCUAACGUUAUAGGCCUGGUAGCGACCACCAUUGCCCACGAAAUGGGGCAUAACUUUGGCAUGGAGCAUGACACGGAGGCAGAUUGCAAAUGCCCUGAUGAAAAGUGUAUUAUGAGCCCUUCUAGUACAUCUGUGACUCCGACGCAUUGGUCCUCUUGCAGCCUUAGAUCGUUGGCUUUGUCGUUUGAGAGGGGGAUGGAUUAUUGUUUACGGAACAAGCCAAAGAGUCUCUACGAUUCGCCAACAUGCGGCAACGGCUUUCUCGAGCCGGGCGAAGAGUGCGACUGCGGCCUGAUCCCUUUGGCCGCGUGCACGUCCUGCUGCGAUCAUUAUACGUGCACGUUGCGAGCGAACGCUACGUGCGCGGUGGGAGAGUGUUGUAAUACUGAGACUUGUAGACCGAAAUCAGCUGGCACAGUAUGUCGCAGUGCAGACAAAGAGUGUGACCUACCCGAAUUUUGUUCGGGCACUUCGGAGUUCUGCCCUAAAGACGUUUACAAGAUGGAUGCCACACCUUGUUCUGAUAAUCGAGCGUACUGUGUUCGUGGUUCAUGUCGUACUCAUACAGACCAAUGCAAGUUGCUUUGGGGUUCCACCGGGGAGAGCUCAGACCAGCGAUGCUACCAAUCCAUGAACAUUAAAGGGGAUAAAAACGGAAAUUGUGGGUAUCGGCGAGAAAGCACGUCAUCGUUCUCUCCAUGUGACCCGCAGAACGCAUUGUGUGGUCUACUGCAGUGCAAGCAUUUAAAUGAACGACUGGAGUUUGGCAUGGAGUCUGUCUCGUUGCUGUCUGCGACGUUCAUCAAUAAUAACGGCUCAAUUCUACCCUGUCGCACCGCCAUGAUUGAUCUUGGUCUCAGCGAUGUUGAUCCCGGGAUGGUUCCGGAUGGAGCCAAAUGUGGAAAUAAUAUGAUGUGUCUGAACACCAAGUGCGUCUCAGUGGAGGAUGUCAUAGCGAAUGUGGCAAAGAAGAAAACCGCGGACUGUCCUUCCAAUUGCUCCGGGCAUGGAGUAUGCAAUUCUGAAGGUCACUGUCACUGCGAGCCCGGCUUUGCCCCACCACUUUGCGCUUUGCCCGGUCCAGGGGGCUCCUACGAUUCCGGACCUGCUACUGAUUCCAGUUUGCAAAGAAACUUUAUGGUGGCAAUGUAUGUCAUCUUCCUCGGAAUCCUGCCGAGUAUUCUGGUCAUACUAUUCCUUAUGUACUACUCGCGACAGAACGUGCUGCACUGGUGGAAGAAACCGAGGAAAACGAUUCCAUCUCCAAAAAAGUCCAGUCUGCAACGCCGGUUAUCUAGAAGCGCCAGCAAAUUCGCAUCAAAUUUCCAAAACAACACACCUAAUAACGCCCAAGCUGUUAGCGUUCAUACUGUUUCAAAUCCAGAUGAUAUGAGCUCAUCCCUUCUACGCAGCGACUCCGAUCACAGCCCUGCCGGAAACGUCAACCCCUCAGUUACCUUCUUCGGCAAUUUUAAAGGCUUUUCCCUUACGCCAAUAGAUAAAAACAGUGAGAAUGACACAUCGACCGCCACGGAUCCGAAGAAGAGCGCAAAAAUUACUCCCGUCCAUAGAAGUGGUAGCAACAGUCAAAAUAUUGGACAGUUAAAACCAGUGCUACGAUCGGCUCCACCGUUACCGAUCGUGCCAAACACUGCCCGAACAAGUCCCAAAACAAGCCCGUCGAUUAAGAGAACUAAUAGUUCGGUACAAAAUCGCAUUAAAGCGUUGAUGAAUUCUGAAAAGAAUGACGAAGUUGUUAUAUCAAAUCCUGCCCCGAGGCCGGUUAUUUCCAGUCCCAUACUUGAAGCAUCGACUUGCACCGCUAAAGAACUAAUUUCGCCCCUUCAAGGGUCUAAAACUUUAGGUCCAAUACGCGCAGCACCAACCGUUCCAACUAUCACUCCAGAUUUGCCUAAAAGACCUCUUAGUAUGUAUUCUGCAGGAAAUGUGCUGCAAAAACCAUUACCAGAAGAACCUAAAAAGGUUAAAGAAGGCAUAUCUUUGAAUAGAAUUGCAUCAUUCCUGAAACACGAUAAGCCGAAAGAAAAAGAACGAAAUCCGGUUGAAAGAAGCCAUUCCUUACCAAAAAAUCCGAACCAUCAAGUCAAAGUGCCGAAAGCAGUAGAAAAGGUAGCUUUACGGAAUUUGCUGAUAUCAAACCCGAUUUUGCAAAAGGGUAUUGAAUUGCCGAAGGGUACAGUUCCUGUUGUAUCUGACUCUGACGAUGCUGAUGACUCAAAAGCCUUCGUAAAUCGAGCCCAAAGUAUGCGAGCCCCGGCAUCCCAGAAACCAACCUUACAGACAUUUGCAUCGAUGAGGCAAGCACCGGGUGUACCCCGGCCCUUAUCUGGAGUUGGCAGGCCUACAGCUCCACCUCCACCCUUGCCUAGUUCAGAAAAAGAAACUUCAAUAUAUCAAAGCCCUAAAUCGACCGAAAUUAGAUCAACAGACUAUGUUGACUGCAUAGAAGAAAAGUCGGCUCCUUUAGCCCAUAUCGACGAAGAAUCCAGCGACAAUAUUUACGCUAUAAUCGAAGAGAGCCCAGAAAAACACGCGAAAAACUUUCCUGGCGUUUCUCAUCCGAUAAAAACGGCUCCCCAGGAACCGCCCGUCGGUUACAAUACACCAAAACCUAUCACUUCUAAUUCUGGAAGCACGGAAAGCAUGGGCUUACUCGGAGAAAUAGUCAACGAAAUACAAAACCGUAACUUCGACUCCAUCUACUCGACGUCAACCCUUGCGAGAAAAAAGGAGAAAGAGAAGAAAAAUGCACAGAAAAGAGAUAGCACGUACAUGAAUACUGAUUACAAGGCGCCAGAGAGCGUCUAUAGCAAUUCAGGUGCCAAGUCAACAACAAGUAGUGGUUACUUACACCCGUCAGCCGUCAAUGUACCCACACGUAUGCAAGAGGACGUCAUAGAAAAACCACCUUCUCCCUCUUUAAAAGUGAAUUCAAAAAUUCCUACUUUCUCCAGACAAGUCACCCCACCGGGCCUGAGAUCCACUAGUACGUUUAAAACUGUACCAUCCUCGCCAAAAGUGAUUUCAAAAAAUAUUCCCCCAAAAAUUACCAAUAGUCCUGACGUUGUAUCUAGUUGUGUAGAUACAAAAAACAUCAAAGCCCCCGAUGUGAUCAACAACAAUAAAGUUGAACCGCCAAAAGUCGCGUCUAAACCUAGUGUAGCUAAAACUGAUAAUAGACCACCUUUAAAACCUACACCGAUGGAGAAAAAACAGACAGCAAAACCAGUUUUAAAGGCGGUCAACUCUGCCUCUAAUUUGAAAGGCGUAGACAAAAAUCCAAUUAGUAGGGUCAAUACGAAAACAGACUCUGUUAAAACAAUAGCGGAUAAUUUAAAUAAGAAUCGGCCGAAAGUCGUACCGAAACCGAGUAGUUUAGUUCAAAAAACAGAUUCAAAUGUAAGGUCAAAUUCAACGAAAUUAGUGUCGAAACCGUCUAAUGUUGCCAGUUUACAGCAAAAAUUUGAAAAUAGAAAGUCAAUAGGCAAAGAAAUUUCUAGUGGAAAGCAGUAGCAAUGAUUAUUUUUAUGAGAGUAAUUAUGGAACAAUAUUUUUUUAUAUUUUCAUGUGUAAAAAGGUUUUUUGAAUGAAUGGAGCCGAUUUAUUUUGGUGAAUUUUUGUAUGGGUUAUAAAGAUGACAAAUUAAGACUGUUUUGUGAUGAAAUUACUAAAAUUAUACUACAAUGUUAUUAAUGAUAUGCAGUUGUAGAAAGUCUAGUCGAGCGUUUAUUUAAAAUUCAGUUUUUCAAAUGACUUAAUUUUUGGACAUAAUAAUUUUUCUUUACCUUGAAGUAUUUUUACUUGGCAGCUUAUAAAUUUAUGUAUAAAAAGCUUUUGCUUUAUAGUUAUUCUUAUUAAAAUAAACGUGUUCAUAUUUUGAUAUGUAGCCCUUUUAGUGAAAAAGUUUGUAAUAAGUUUGUACAUAUUAGAUAAGUAGUAGUAUAUUAGAACCAAAAGACGAAAUAAUUGUGACCCUCGAGGAAUUGCACACAUGAACUGUUUUACAGGCUUAAACAUUACACUGGACAUUUUGUAUUAUAUUUUACCAAACUAGGUUUUAGGAUUUUUCUUAGAAUCUUUGUAUUUGCAUUUAAAAAAAUACUCCACUUAUUUUACAAUUACCUUGGCUUGGUUAAAAUUCCUUAUGAACCGGCAAUUAUUACUAUUUAAAUUCGUUAUACGCUUGAGUUACCUCAUACCAGUCUAUCAUAUUUGUAAGGUCCUAACAUCAUGUGGUGCAAUACCUUUCAUAUGGAUCUCUGUAUAUAUUCCUCGUAGGUAUAAUGAAACGUUAAGUGUCUUAAACUACGAUUAACUUGUAUUUUUAUAUAGAAGAGUGAUAUGCGUGUUGAUAUAAUAAAAGAAUAUGGUGCUAGCACAGUUAACGAGAGAUUUAAAAAUGAUGUAUUAAAGUUACAAUUGUUGUAUUUAUUUUACUUACAAUUUCGAUCGCUAGAAAAACAAUUUUGUACUGGUAAUGAAAUUUGUUGCAAGAUUUUUAUAAUAAAUAUUACAUAAAUUAGUUCCUCAGAAUUGUGUAUUAUACAAUUAUGAGGCAAGAUGGUAACACUGUUUUUAAAUCUCUGGUUAAAUAAUUUGACAGCUGAGCGUAGAUAAAGUUAGUACAACAAAAAUAGAGACGCUCACACUGUAUUUGAAAAAUCUUGUUUAGUAUUUGCUUGUAUUAUACUAUUUACUGAAAGCCAUACAAUAACUUACAAUACAAUACAAUCUUCAAUAUGUGUUAUGAUAUUGUGUGUUCACAGUCAUUUACGUUUUAUUCCCAUAUACAACGAUCACACAGAACCAUACAAAUAUGGCUUAAUCUUAUUUGGUUGAAUAUAGGAAUAGAAUGUGUCAUUCGUCCAUAUUAUGUAAAUUCACUGCCAGUGUACAAAGUUGGUGCUCUUUAAGAAAGCAAUAGAACAUAGAAAUGAUUAUGAUAAAAAUGCGAUAGUAUAGUGACAUUCUCCACAAACCAUUAUUAUAAGGCAAAAAAUUUACGAUAAGGUGAGGAAUAGAUAAUGUAGACAAUAGUCUAUGGCAUAGUUUCUGCUAGAUAAUCUUGCUAAAGAUAUUUAAAAAACAAAAAAAAUGGACUUUCUCAUUUUCUUAAAGAUUUCAUAUUGUUAAAUAGAUAAUCCAAUGGAGCCAUGUGUACAUAUGCAUUACAGUAGAUAGGUAUAUAAUUGGUUGUGUUAUAUUUUCAUUUGAUAUUUAUUAUUUCUAUUUUUACAAGUCUAGCUAUCUAUACUACUUAUUUUAGCUUAAUCUUUUUCAAGUACAUAAUUUGUAAAUACAACCAAAGAAAUUGUAUUUAAGUGUGAUUUUAGCGUUUGUGGAAAGUAUUUGGAGUUGGUACCAAGUUUGACUUUUAUUUAUAGAGAAGACUGUUAUUAAUUUGCACCAUUUGUCACAAAGUAGUGACAUCAUUUUAAUUAGCUUAUAAUUAUAUUCAGCAAAAUAAAAUGAAUUAUUGAAA